AUGUUUUCCUCUUCGAUCUUUGUGGCUGCUCUCGCCAUGGCCAAGAUAGUGGCUGGUGAGGAAGCAUCUGGAGGCUCUUCCUCAACCACAGAACUUACACCCGCUGCGAAAGCUGCUGCUGCGGUCGCCGCCGCGAUCAAAGCCAAUGCGAAAAUGUUCAAUCAGGAUUUUCAUGAUUACAUAUUUAUCGUUCUUGCGUCCCUGAUUGGAGCUAUGGUGGUCUGGAGAAUCGGAAUCGAGACGACCAAAUAUGUGCGAACUAUGGCAUCACUCAACAACGAGACACAAAAAUAUUUCGCUAUUCCCUCCUCUGGUUAUGCAAAGUUCAAGAAACAUGUCCUCUAUGCUCCUAUCUUCGGCAAGAGACACAAUAGGGAAAUCCAAAUGGGAAGGGCCGUCAACGUCGGCACUCUUCCAACUAGACUGCAGUUUGUCUUCCUCUUGGCCUAUUUUGGGACAAAUAUUGCUUUCUGUGUUGUUAGCAUCACCUGGGAUCAAGCCUAUGCUACCGUUUGCCAGCAGGUUAGAAACAGGACUGGUAUUCUUGCCGUUGUUAACAUGAUUCCUCUCUUCAUCAUGGCUGCCCGAAACAAUCCUUUGAUUAACUGGCUCAAUAUGUCUUUCGAUACAUUCAAUCUUUUGCACAGAUGGACUGGAAGAAUCGUAACUCUUCAAAUGAUUACCCACGUUGGUGCUUGGGUUGCUUCCACAGUUCAUGCUUCUGGUUGGGCCGCGGUUUUGCCAUCGAUUGGAGGAAGUCCUUUUGAGAUCUAUGGAGCCAUCGCCGUCAUCGCCGCCAUUGUCAUCAUGAUCCAGGCUAGCUCACCUGUUCGCCACGCCGCAUACGAAAUUUUCAAAUACCUUCACAUCUUACUUGUCAUCGUUGUGAUCAUCGGUGUCUACUACCACUUGAAGCUGGUCGACCUUCCACAAUUAUCCCUUCUCUGGGGAGCCAUUAUCCUUUGGGCCGCUGAACGUGCUACGAGAAUACUCACAGUCGCGUAUAGAAACUUCGGAAAGGGUGGAUCCAGGACAUUGGUAGAAGCUCUCCCAGGAAAUGCCGUUCGAGUUACCGUUGAUAUGGCCCGACCAUGGAAGUUCAAGCCGGGACAACACGCCUAUCUAUAUAUGCCUUCUGUUGGACUUUUCCAGUCUCAUCCUUUCUCGGUUGCUUGGUCGGAAGAGGCAGCGGAUUUAUCAGAUGAGAAGCUAGCAAUGAACCGCCAGGAUAUCCUAGCUAUGCAAAAGACAAGCAUGUCCUUUGUCAUUCGAGCCCGAACUGGAUUUACUGAGAAGCUUUUCAAGAAAGCUGAGUCUUCCCCCGAUGGAAAACUCUACACCAAGUGUUGGCCUGAAGGUCCAUACGGAGGUAUGCAUAUGAUGCAUUCCUAUGGAACCGUGAUGUUGUUCGCAGGAGGUGUUGGUAUCACUCACCAAGUUCCCCACGUACGAGACCUCGUCGCUGGUUAUGCCAACGGAACCGUGGCCGCACGAAAGAUUGUCCUCGUCUGGACCAUUCAAUCGCCAGAACAUCUCGAGUGGAUCCGACCAUGGAUGACUUCGAUCCUAGCGAUGGACAAACGUCGUGAAGUCCUUCGCAUCAUGCUGUUCGUUAGUCGACCAAGAUCUACCAAGGAAAUCCACAGUCCAUCUGCAACGGUACAGAUGUUCCCAGGUAGACCCAACAUCGAGACCUUGAUGGAGAUUGAAAUGGAGAACCAAGUCGGUGCUAUGGGUGUCUCGGUGUGUGGUAGUGGAGCACUGAGUGAUGAUGUGCGAAGCGCAGUUCGUAAACAUCAAUAUACUGGAAAUAUUGAUUUCGUGGAAGAAGCAUUCUCAUGGUAA